UCUGAAGCGUGGCCUGCGUCUCUCGCCUCCCAGGUGAACGGUGUGGACAUGAAGCUGCCCGUGGUGCUGGCCAACGGCCAGAUCCGAGCCUCCCAGCAUGGUUCAGACGUUGUGAUUGAGACCGACUUCGGCCUGCGUGUGGCCUACGACCUUGUGUACUAUGUGCGGGUCACCAUCCCCGGAAACUACUACCAGCUGAUGUGUGGUCUGUGUGGGAACUACAACGGCGACCCCAAGGAUGACUUCCAGAAGCCCAACGGCUCACAGGCUGGCAACGCCAAUGACUUCGGCAACUCCUGGGAGGAGGCGGUGCCCGGCUCUCCCUGCCUGCCGCCACCCACCUGCCCGCCAGGGAGCGAGGGCUGCGACACCAGCAAGUGUCCUCCCGAGCAGGAGAAGAAGUAUCAGAAGGAGGAGUUCUGUGGGCUCCUCUCCAGCCCCACAGGGCCGCUGGCCUCCUGCCACAAGCUGGUGGAUCCCCAGGGUCCCUUGCAAGAUUGCGUCUUUGAUCUCUGCCUGGGUGGUGGGAACCUGAGCAUUCUCUGCAGCAACAUCCAUGCCUAUGUGAGUGCUUGCCAGGCGGCUGGAGGCCACGUGAAGCCCUGGAGGACAGAAACUUUCUGUCCCAUGAAGUGCCCAGCGAACAGCCACUACGAGCUCUGCGCGGACACCUGCUCCCUGGGCUGCGCGGCUCUCAGUGCCCCUCUGCAGUGCCCAGAUGGGUGUGCUGAAGGCUGCCAGUGUGACGCCGGCUUCCUCUACAACGGUGAAGCCUGCGUGCCCAUCCAGCAGUGUGGCUGCUACCACAAUGGUGUCUACUAUGAGCCGGAGCAAACAGUCCUCAUUGACGACUGUCGGCAGCAGUGUACGUGCCAUGCGGGUAAAGGUGUGCUGUGCCAGGAACACAGCUGCAAGCCGGGGCAGGUGUGCCAGCCCUCCGGAGGCGUCCUAAGCUGCAUCACCAAAGGUGCUGGGCUGGGCUGGGACUGGGGCUGAUGUGACUACGGAUGG